AUGGAUUCUUCUUCGAAUUCCUCGGCAGCGGAUUUGGGCUCAGUGCAGCAUUCCAUCAAGGUGGCGACUGAGAAGCAGCGCUUCCAGCAGCUGGUGCACCAGGUGACGGAACAUUGUUGGGAGAAGUGCAUGGACAAGCCUAAGCGAAAGUUGGACAGUCGGGCUAAGGCCUGUUUUGUGAACUGUGUUGAACGCUUCAUUGAUACAAGCCAAUUCAUCUUGAAUCGAUGGGAACAGACCCAGAAACCCAAGCCAGUCUUCUCAGAAAGCCUUUCUGACUGA